AUGCGCCAGACUCUUCGACGGUCCUGUGGCGCCUGUGCGCGCGCAAAGAGCCGCUGCGACCUACGCAAACCCCACUGCUCUCGCUGCGCGGCUCGCGGCACCGCCUGUGUCUACGCCAACGAACCGCUCUCUUCCACCACACCAUCGCCGGCGCCGGCGCCGUCAUCGUCAUCGUCGGCGGCGGCGUCGCCCGACCCGCGGCGCCAUCGGAUAUCCGGCUUCGGCUCCGUCGACCCGUUUGAGACGUACCCCCACGUGCGGCUCGACAAGGAGCACGUCCAGCGUCUAAUCCACAGCUGUACAUCACGCCCAUGCUCACCGCCCAGAGGAGCAGUCCUCCACAAGAUCGCGUUCCAAUACUACCCGCUGGACCGCAGCGCCUGCUCGAACCCGUUCCUCGUGUCCUGGUGGCCGCUCGCCCUCGGCGACCCCGUGCUCUUCCACGUCUCCCUGCAGACGGCCUGCCUCGACGAGGAGUUCUUCGGCCGCCGCGGUUUCCACACCUCGGAGCAGCUCAUGGCCGACUCGGUCGUGCUGCUCCGGCGAAAGGUGCAGGACGUCGCGCUGGCCAUGCAGGACAGCACCAUCAACUCGGUCAUCACGCUGGCCACGAUAGAGUAUGGAAAGAGCAACAUAGAGACGGCGGAGAUGCACGUCGAGGGCGCCAAGCGGUUGAUGGACAUGCGCGGCGGUUUCCAGGCCGUCAUGCAGACCAGCCCUCUGACGGCGCGCAUGGUCAGCUGGGUAUCGAUGCUCAUCACGGGCGUGCCCCAGUUCGACACCCAAGACGACGACGGCAACGGCGACGGCAUCAGUCCCAUCCCGGAAUGGUCCGCCACCCUCUCCUCCGAACACCUUCCUACCGCCCUCUCCGAAGCCGACGUGGCCCCCGAGACGUGGAACGUCUUCGCGCGCCUGUACGGCGUGUUCCGCCGCCCGCACGCCCCCCCGCUCGCGCCGCUGCGCCUGCACGAGCUCACCUGCUUCGUCGUCCACCGCCUCCUCUCCGCCGAGUCCCCCUCCGCGCUCUCCGAGUGCGUCCGCUGCGCCACCAUCCUGUAUAUGCUGAUCCUGCAGGGGCCCAUCUACUACUCGCACGCCGCGAUGCAGCACCGGACCGCCGCCCGGCUCGUCGCGCACCUCCCGGCUUCCGCGGCCUCGGGCCCGCUGAGGCUCUGGCUCGUCGCCGUGGGCCUGGUGGCCGCGCACGGCGCGGCGUCGCCGGCGGUAUACGAGGCGCUGCGGGAGGAGGUGCGCGCGCUCGGCGCGGGCUCCUCGUGGGCGGAGGUCGCGGCGGAUGUCAAGGGCGUCUUGUGGCUGGAAUCGUCGGCGGCGGUGGCGCCGCACGCGGAGCGCGUCUUUGAGAGUCACUGGGACGUCGCGCUCGGCCGCCGCGGUGGGCAGCCGGCGGCGUUGGGCCCGGCGCAGAUUGCGCCGUUCGAGGCGGACAGUCUGGAGACGAGCACGGACUUGGCGCAAAGGUAG